AUGCAUCAGUCCUCGGACAAGCCACCAGAGCUCAGUUCAGCGGAGCUUUCAGCCUCUCAGACUCUUGCCUUCUGCUCUCAUCAUCACCCGAUGGCUCCUGGCAACGAUGCUUCGUCCUCGUCGGCUCCGGCUGCUGCUGCUGUCAACGGGAAAAAAUCGCUCGAAUCUCGUCAAGAGCCGGUUACUCCCAAAAUGCUGUUCAACGGCGUGACGGACGGCCCGUUCGGCGUCGAAGACAUCAACAAGCUGGCAGCGCGUACGUCGGCACUCAAGCUGGACGAUCUGCCGAACAUAGGGAAGGGCAAGAUCAAUGAUCAGGCUCCUGUGGCUGGCAGCUCGUCAACAGCGUCGGGCCCAGUGGACAAUGGGAAGAAAGCGGUGGUGGAUGCUGAGGAGGAUGCAGGUUACCUCAGCGACGACCCGGAUGAGUGCCAGGACCCGGUGGCUCUUAAUGAGAUCGCCUCGCAGGCGGGCUUCGCGAUCACGCUCCUGAUCCUGUUUGCGUGUCACAAGGAGGUGCCGCGGACCAUCGACACAGUCAAGAACCUGCUGGAUGUGUGGAAGGAUCAUUUGUCAGAGAAUGCCCACGUGACUACGAAGUGUCAUCAGCUACCUUCGACUUACCUCUCAAAGACUCAUUUCGGGCGCCUGCAAGUGGUUUUCCAGUACGCGGCGGAUGCGAACUUUGUAUGGUGCCGGAAGGUGGACCACAUGACAAUGAACGACAAAAAGCUGACGCUCGGCUGGCAGCACCCCGAAAAUGCUGCGUACCUGAAGGAGUGCGCGGCUCACCCGGAAGCUAUCGAAGUUCUCCUUAAGGGCGUCCGGGCGGUGAUUUUUCCUGAGAUGAUCCAGAAGAGCCUGGUGUCUGCUCUGCUGUUGAAGCGUGGUCGCACUGCGUUCCUCGAUGGUUCGACGUUCCACAGGUCACAGCCGACGCAGAUGAAUGUGGUGGUGGUGGGAGACCUCAACAUGGUGGCGGACCCGGACCUAGAUAAGUCAUCAGGGGCAGGGUCUGGGAGGGAGAACCAGCGAUUUUUGGAUCUAUGGCCGCAGCAUGGUCUCCGCGAUGCUUUCCGCGCGAUUCACCCGACAGACAGGGAAUACACCUUCCGCGACAGGGCGACGAAAGCUAGGUCACGGAUUGAUAGAGCUCUGGUGUCGUCGGCAAUGCUCGGAAGCCUGGUGGAGGCAGAACAUGCGGAGGUGCCGAGGACGCUGACGGACCAUUGGUUCGCCAUACGGAUCUGUUUACAGAUUGUGUCGGAGCAGGAGACCGGGCCGGGCCUGUGGAGGUUUCGGGCGACACAAAAGGAUAAAAAAAGGGACUACGGGCGCACGAGCGGGUGGCAGGGUGGCAGGGACUCGACGGCACCUCACAACGGAGGUGGAACGGCUAAGGAGCAGCUAUUGAAGAAGGAAGAGCAGCUGGAGGCUUACCGGGAAGACGAGAGGGAGCGGCUGCAAGUCCCAUCGCCCUUCCUGUCCGCGAAGAUGAAGAUGCGGAAGGAGCGAAUGGCGAUCCAGGAGGUCACCUUCAAGGGGAAGAGAUACGUCGGCGCACAGGGAGUCUUGGAGGCGGCGUCGCAGCACUUCGCGGAGGCUUUCGGAGAGGCUCAGGGGCAGGCGCCGCUGGCCGCAGACAACGUCGUAGUGGAUAUGAGAUUUCCGGACGAAGUGGCGGAUCGUUUGGGAGCGGCGUGGACGGAGAGCGAAGUGAAGGCGACAUUGUCAGGGCUCCCGAAAGGGAAGUCGCCGGGGCAGGACGGACUCCCGGCGGAGCUGUUCGUGUCACACUGGGACUUGGUGGUCGGCAGCUUCAUGGAUUUUGUCCGGUCUUUCGAGCUAACAGAGGAGAUCCCAGAAGCGUUCGCCAGCGGUCACGGUUCUGCUUCACAAGAAAGGAGACAAGGAUCAGCUGUCGAACUACAGGCCCAUCACUCUCCUCAGCACGGUGAGCAGCAUGGGUUCAUACCGGGUCGGAGCCUAGCGGAUGCAGUGACGGUGGUGGCAGACGCAAUCGAAGCGGCGGACAAUGGCGGUGAGGACUGGUACCUAUUGUUGGUGGAUUUUCAAAUUGCCUACGACACGGUAUCGCGGCCUUUCUUGUUCGAGACGAUUUCCAAGCUCGGAAUACCUGCAAAUUUUGUACGAUGGACAAAGGGGCUCCACCAAGGGUCCGGCACCAGGCUGGCAAUAAACGGCUGGAUCGGUGACAGAGUAGAGAUGAGGAGGGGAUUCAGGCAAGGGUGCCCGCUGGCACCUUACCUCUUCCUCUGCGCGCUGGAGCCGCUAUGCGCCGAGAUCAAGAAGCAGAGCCUGGGCGUCAAGGCGGAAGGGGGAGAGGAGGUGGCGUACGUGGGCUACGCAGACGACACAUCACUCAUACUCCACGGUGCAGACCAGCUCCGGUCGGCGACGGAGGCACUAGAGCACCUGCUGACAGCCGAACGCGUCACAAUGAUUAACAACUACGUAAUGCCGAUCUUCCUCUUCCAGGCGCAAAUAUACCCACCGUGGGCGAAGAUACAGAAGACAUGCGAUAACUACGUGUCAAAAGGGGAAGCAACAGCAGACAAGAUCUUUGUCUUGUGGAGUGGGGAGCUGGCCAGGCUGCCCAAGAAGGAAGGGGGACUGGGGUUGGUGGACCCAAAGGACAGACUAGACAGCCUGGCGAUCCGAGCAGUGGGGAAAUUGCUUACAGAGAGGAACAUUACCAAGAGGUGGCUGGCGGAGAAAACGGCAGCGAUGCCGCAGGGGACAGCGACGCUCUUUGCGCACAAGUCAGCCAGCAAGCACUGGGACAGAGGAAGCCAGAGGUGGAAGGCGAUCGUCGAUGUUUUCUGGGGUUCGCCGUUUGCAGACCUCCCGGAGCUGACCAACGGAUGGGAGGCGGAGCGGGAGCUUCUCUGCUUCAACCGCCGCAUCAUGUUCCGUGGAGAUAGCACGUCCGGGAACCGGAAGGGGACGGAGGGCAUCUGA